UUUAAAAUUUCGUUCCUUUAUAUGUAUGUUAAUAUAGUUUUAUUUUCAAAUCGCAGCGGUAAAUCCUAACAGUCUUAAAAUGAUAUAUUUCGGAUCACGAUAGUCCACCGAAUUGAUGCCUGGAGAAAGCGCUUACUCGUUGAACAGCAAUAUUUGGAGUUAGAACGAAUUCUGCUCCCAGUGCCGUCAUGAUGUGGUCGUGGACGACUCUGAAACAACAGAAGUCCGCUGACUUGACAGUCGAGACAUUUUGGAGCGCCGUGAGUGUGUGGAACGCCAAACCACAUCUGUUGAUCAAGCACUUGAUGGGUGCUGAACGGCUCUUGUCUGAAUCGCUGGCAGGUGAAUACGGUGAUGUGUUGGCCUCGGUGGCAACUACAGAUCUAUCACCCUCAGCCUGGAUAGGAGACACCACGAAAACUUUUGAAUAUCUGGGCCUGAGUAGUGGCCAGGACGUUCAAGUGGAAGUCUGGAAACUGUUCACCAAGAAGCCCGUUGACUGGAAUGAUUAUUUGCGACUUAGCAUCUUUGACAAGCAAAAUAAUAUCGCCGUGUUUUAUGAUAUUACUCCAAAGAAGAACGGCGAUGAUGUCAAAUAUGCCUAUGGAAUUUAUUUUGUUGAUGACUUGUUGGAGUUGCGUCUUGCUACACCAUCAAAUCAUUCUCUGGACGACAAGAAGACGUUGCACUGGAUGACUGACGUAUUUUUCCCAAAAUUUUUCAACUGGAUGAUCAAUGAUAAAGGGUCUAAACCAGCAAUUUCGUCCUUAUCACACGUUUGUGUUCAAAUGUAUUGUCAUUUAUACAGUCGGUUGAAGGAAAAAUAUGCCAAAUCACUAAUGGAGGUUUGGACAGAAGUAACGGAUCCUAAGAAGUAUAUACAUAAAGAUAUUGCAACGGCUACAUACUUGAUGCUUUUAUGGGGCGACACUAAACCAAGUUUUGUUGAUAUGGGGUGUGGUAAUGGCUUACUUGUGCAUGUUUUGAACAGUGAAGGAUAUGGUGGAGUUGGAUUGGAUGUCAGAUCUCGGAAAAUGUGGGCUCAGUAUCCACAAUCUACAGUUUUAAAGGUGACUAGUGUUGAUCCUUCUUCACCUGAAUGUAAAUUUCCUCAAGCCGAUUGGAUUAUAGGCAAUCAUUCAGAUGAGCUGUCACCUUGGGUACCAGUAAUUGCCUCACGUAGCAAUUAUAAUUGCAAAUUUUUUCUCCUUCCAUGUUGCCCUUUUGAAUUUAAUGGUUCCCGCUACCAACGCACAGAUUCAUCUCUUAGUCAAUACCAUGAUUAUUUAAAAUACUUGGAAAAAACAAGUGUUAAUGUGUUUAAGUUUAACGUUAAAACAGACCGUCUUCGAAUACCUUCAACAAAACGGACAUGCAUCAUUGGCUGGUCAAAAAAUUAUUUACCACAGGAAGCAGAUCAAGUUGUACAGGACAUUGAAAAGUUUGCAAGUUCUAAAUUCAAUGAAAAUGUUCUAUUUGUGCCUAGGCCGCCUGAAGAAAGGGUUAGAAAUUGCACUAAAUUAGAUAAAGACUUGAUCCGCAGCGUAGUUGAUAGUGUAGCUGAUGUAUUAAUAAAAAGUUCAGGUGGAUGGAAGUGUCGCAUCACUUUAGGCGAAUUAGCAAAACAAAUCGGCGAAGAGAGACUGAAAAAAUUGAAAAAAGAAUGUGGUGGUUUGCAAACAUUGUUAAGGAAUCAUAGGUAUAUUUUUGUUGUUGAGAAAGGAACUGUUGGGUUCAGAAAACCAGCCAAAGGCAGUGGAAAAGUUUGGAAAAAACAUAAGUGUUGGUUUUAUCAUAAUUAUCCAGAUAAGUGUCCAUUAAAUGAAGACGAGUGCUGUAAUAUACAUUAAUAACAACAAAAUAAUUGUUGUGUAAUAUUUUAUCAUUAAACAUUUUUGUUUGAGUUUA